CUGAAGCCGUACUCCACGGCAGGAUGCUAUCCCCGCCCCUUGAUUGUUACUGUUCUUGGAUCUGUCAGGAAUGCAGGACCCAUGAGGCUUUGUCGUGGCUUUGAACUGGGUGCGGACUUCUUCUCUGGAAUGCGAUAUAAAGCUAUUUGCUUCUCAUUUCACCGUUCUUUGUUGGCCAUGCAGCUCGCACGUCUCUCUGCGUUUUUCCCCUUGGCUAGAUUCUUGUCUCUUUCACACGCCGUUCGCGGGCAUGACUUUCCCAACUUUUCAUUGUUCUUGCUAGAGCCCUGGCUGGAUGCGACUCAUGGUUUCCUGCCACAAGCAUCAUCGUAAUGCAAUGCACUUCAUUGUCAUUGCCAGGAGGGAAUCUUCCCGCACCGGCUGGGGAAGGAAGAAACACCACCUACAGCCCACGCUCGUUUUACAUAAGGCCAACCUCUCCCGGUACGCCAGGCGCUGAGAACGAAACCCAGGACAGCACGGAGAGGAAUACCUGCAAUUCCCCAACGAUGGACAACUUUACCAAGAAACCCAGGAUCUACAAUCCUGACGAGACCGCAUACGCCGUCGGUCCAAAGAACAAGUAUGCUCGCAACCUGCUCGAUAUCCUCGGCAUCGAAGAGAGCCGGCUGGUCCCGCAGGCUGAGCCCGGCUCAACCAGACGGCGUCGGACGCUCAAGGCGCUGCGGGGAUGGAGGCCGACGCAGAUGCGCUUCACGAAGGAGUGGCCAAACGAGGAGCUCCCCGAUGGAUGGUACGACAUGGCCUACAUGGACCUCUUCAUACGCGUGCAGAACUUUGCCAACAAGUACUUCAAGUUCGAGGACAUCCCAGCCGUCCCGGGCGAGUCACCGUGGCUCGACGGCUUCUCGGACGAGUUCAUCUACUACGCCGGCACGAUCGCGAGGCAGGACAAGCACCGCGGUGGAUGGGAUGCAAUCCUGACGUCCAAGGCCACGCGCAAUUCUCUGGUGAUCGGCGUCAUUGCCAAGGUCCUGGGCAUCAGCGUCUUCGACAAGCUGCUCUUCGGCGCCGACAAGGUGCAGGAGGAGAUGCUCGCUGCCCAAGACGAGGCCACAAUAGAGACCGAAGGCUACCGCCGCACCGACCUGCGCGCCCUGUCGGUGCGCACCUGCAUGGGCGACGACAUCGUGACGCCCAACUUCUGGCCGGCCGUCGACGCGCUGACGAUGCAGCUCCUGGCCCUGCUGCUCCCGGCGCUCGACCUCGUGGACCGGCAUUUCGCCGGCAGCCGCGCCGCCAACCCGCUGCGCGCCGUCCACCAGGACCUGCACCACGUCGUCGCCGAGGCCGCGUACCUGUCCAUCGCCAUCCGCUGGUCCGGGUCCAUCUUCCGCUUCGUCACGCCGCUGCCGGGCCAGCAGUGGGAGCUCGACCAGGACAACGUCGACAACGACGUCUACGAGGCCUCCAAGGCCGCCGCGGUUGCCGCGAUGCCCGCGGCGGCGGCGGCCCCUAUGCAGAAAGGAGACGGCGCCGGUGCCGAGACCAAGGGCAACCUCGCCGCCCAGCCCUGGCUCCUAGCCAAGGUGCAGAUAAUCCAGUGGCCCGAACUCCAGCGCUGGACCCCCGUCGGCGACCCCGCCGCAGCUGACCCCUCUUUUCCCGACGGGGACGGGGACCCCGGCCCGGGCGCGGGCGAGACCGUCUCGUCCAUCAUGCGCAGCCGAGUCGUCUACUACGCCGGCGUCACGGGAGACGAGGCCGACGCCGCCGAGGCGGUGCCGGAGCUGGCCGACUACGUGCGCGGCCUGCGCGCGGCGCGGCGGAGGCGGCGCGUGAGGCCCUUCGCACUGGGUGCUGCUGCUGCGGCGGCCGCGGCGGCCGCCGUCGUCGCGGCGGGGUUGCUCGUCUUUGCUGUGCUGGUGCUGCUGGGUGGUGUCGGGGGUGAUGGGGGCGUGGCUGGCGCGGAGGCGGCGAGGGCGCGGGGGUUGGUGGAGGGAGGUCUUGCUUGGGUGGCGGUGGCGUGGAGGGACGUCUUGUCGUGGCUCUUCUAUCUCUGGGACCUGAUGGGGAGGGUGUUUGGUCAGACUGGGAACGUGGGUCGUGCCCCGUUGCCGCUGGCUACGGAGACGGUUUCGGUUCCGAUUGGUACUCCUGGUCCCGUGUCUUCUCCCACUGGUAUCUGGAAGUUUAAGGCGGCCUGAGUCUUCACUGCGGGGGGUUUUCGGAGGUCUGAUGUAUGCUUUAAUCACGGAGGCGGUCUCUCUUGGCUUGAGUCUUAUCUCCGGGAUGCAUCGAUUGGGUAGGUAGAGGUAGUCAACUACUGUGAUUUAUUGUUGGGAUUGCGCAACACGC